AUCCAGGAACUCCCAGAAGAGGUUCGCGUUGUCGAAUCCAUCUCUGAAGACGGCAAACCAAAGAAGAAGAAGAUCCGCACUCGUGUGAUCAAGAAGGUCAAGGGAGACAAACAAGAAGUCACCAAGAUCGAAACCGUCGAGGAGGAUGACAAGCCUUCGGAGACUACAGUCACCGUUGAAGAGGUUCCUUACGAAGAAGAGAAACCUGAGGAGAUCCAGGAACUCCCAGAAGAGGUUCGCGUUGUCGAAUCCAUCUCUGAAGACGGCAAACCAAAGAAGAAGAAGAUCCGCACUCGUGUGAUCAAGAAGGUCAAGGGAGACAAACAAGAAGUCACCAAGAUCGAAACAGUCGAGGAGGAUGACAAGCCUUCGGAGACUACAGUCACCGUUGAAGAGGUUCCUUACGAAGAAGAGAAACCUGAGGAGAUCCAGGAACUCCCAGAAGAGGUUCGCGUUAUCGAAUCCAUCUCUGAAGACGGCAAACCAAAGAAGAAGAAGAUCCGCACUCGCGUAAUCAAAAAGGUCAAGGGUGACAAACAAGAAGUCACCAAGAUCGAAACCGUCGAGGAGGAUGACAAGGUACCAGAGACUACAGUCACCGUUGAAGAGGUUCCUUACGAAGAAGAGAAACCUGAGGAGAUCCAGGAACUCCCAGAAGAGGUUCGCGUUAUCGAAUCCAUCUCUGAAGACGGCAAACCAAAGAAGAAGAAGAUCCGCACUCGUGUGAUCAAGAAGGUCAAGGGAGACAAACAAGAAGUCACCAAGAUCGAAACCGUCGAGGAGGAUGACAAGUUACCAGAGACUACAGUCAUCGUUGAAGAGGCUCCUUACGAAGAGGAGAAACCUGAGGAGAUCCAGGAACUCCCAGAAGAGGUUCGCGUUGUCGAAUCCAUCUCUGAAGACGGUAAACCCAAGAAGAAGAAGAUCCGCACUCGUGUCAUCAAGAAGGUCAAGGGAGACAAACAAGAAGUCACCAAGAUCGAAACCGUCGAGGAGGAUGACAAGCCUUCUGAAACUACAGUCACCGUUGAAGAGGUUCCUUACGAUGAAGAGAAACCUGAGGAGAUCCAGGAACUCCCAGAAGAGGUUUGCGUUGUCGAAUCCAUCUCUGAAGACGGCAAACCAAAGAAAAAGAAGAUCCGCACUCGUGUGAUCAAGAAGGUCAAGGGAGACAAACAAGAAGUCACCAAGAUCGAAACCGUCGAGGAGGAUGACAAGCCUUCGGAGACUACAGUCACCGUUGAAGAGGUUCCUUACGAAGAAGAGAAACCUGAGGAGAUCCAGGAACUCCCAGAAGAGGUUCGCGUUGUCGAAUCCAUCUCUGAAGACGGUAAACCCAAGAAGAAGAAGAUCCGCACUCGCGUAAUCAAGAAGGUCAAGGGAGAUAAACAAGAAGUCACCAAGAUCGAAACCGUCGAGGAGGAUGACAAGCCUUCUGAAACUACUGUCACCGUUGAAGAAGUUCCUUACCAGGAGGAGAAACCUGAGGAGAUCCAGGAACUCCCAGAAGAGGUUCGCGUUGUCGAAUCCAUCUCUGAAGACGGCAAACCAAAAAAGAAGAAGAUCCGCACUCGUGUGAUCAAGAAGGUCAAGGGAGACAAACAAGAAGUCACCAAGAUCGAAACCGUCGAGGAGGAUGACAAGGUACCAGAGACUACAGUCACCGUUGAAGAGGCUCCUUACGAAGAAGAGAAACCUGAGGAGAUCCAGGAACUCCCAGAAGAGGUUCGCGUUGUCGAAUCCAUCUCUAAAGACGGCAAACCAAAGAAGAAGAAGAUCCGCACUCGUGUGAUCAAGAAGGUCAAGGGAGACAAACAAGAAGUCACCAAGAUCGAAACCGUCGAGGAGGAUGACAAGCCUUCUGAAACUACUGUCACCGUUGAAGAAGUUCCUUACCAGGAGGAGAAACCUGAGGAGAUCCAGGAACUCCCAGAAGAGGUUCGCGUUGUCGAAUCCAUCUCUGAAGACGGCAACCCAAAGAAGAAGAAGAUCCGCACUCGUGUGAUCAAGAAGGUCAAGGGAGACAAACAAGAAGUCACCAAGAUCGAAACCGUCGAGGAGGAUGACAAGCCUUCUGAAACUACUGUCACCGUUGAAGAAGUUCCUUACGAAGAGGAGAAACCUGAGGAGAUCCAGGAACUGCCAGAAGAGGUUCGCGUUGUUGAAUCCAUCUCUGAAGACGGCAAACCCAAGACGAAGAAGAUCCGCACUCGUGUGAUCAAGAAGGUCAAGGGAGAUAAACAAGAAGUCACCAAGAUCGAAACCGUCGAGGAGGAUGACAAGCCUUCUGAAACUACUGUCACCAUUGAAGAAGUUCCUUACGAAGAGGAGAAACCUGAGGAGAUCCAGGAACUCCCAGAAGAGGUUCGCGUUGUUGAAUCCAUCUCUGAAGACGGCAAACCAAAGAAGAAGAAGAUCCGCACUCGUGUGAUCAAGAAGGUCAAGGGAGACAAACAAGAAGUCACCAAGAUCGAAACCGUCGAGGAGGAUGACAAGCCUUCUGAAACUACUGUCACCGUUGAAGAAGUUCCUUACGAAGAGGAGAAACCUGAGGACAUCCAGGAACUCCCAGAAGAGGUUCGCGUUGUCGAAUCCAUCUCUGAAGACGGCAAACCCAAGACGAAGAAGAUCCGCACUCGCGUAAUCAAGAAGGUCAAGGGUGACAAACAAGAAGUUACCAAGAUCGAAACCGUAGAGGAGGAUGACAAGCAACCAGAGACAACAGUGACGGUGGAAGAAACAGAUCUGAAGACUCCAUUUGAUGGCAAAGUGAAGCUUAAGAAGAGAGUCAUUGUGCAAAAGCCUGAAGAUGAGGAAACCGUGGUCGAGUUACCUGAAAGAAAAUCUGUUAUUCUCUCAGAGAAAGAAGAUGGUACUCCCACAAAGACAGUUGUGAAGACACGUAUCAUCAAGAAGAUCAAGGGCGCUAACAUGGAGGUAACUAAGAUUCAAACUGUAGAGGAGUACGAGAAGGAGCCAAAGACAAAGGUGACAGUGGAGAACUUUGAGUUGCCCUUCCCUGAGCUUCCAGAGGAAAAGCUCUCCGAGGUGACGGUUCUGCCCGAUGAGGUACUGGAAUCUGAAACUGUAGACGAAGAAGGUGCGCCGAAGAUUGUGAAAACGAAGAAACGUGUGAUCAAAAAGCCAACAAGUGACAAGACAGAAGAGGUUACGCAGAUUGAUAUCAUUGAACAAGAUGAUGCGGAGCCGAUCUAUUCGAUUUCGGUAACCGAACAGCCUAUAACCGAGUCUAGGCCAGAGGACAAUAAGUCUUUGGAACUACCGGAACAAGUGGCAGAACUGGAAUACACUUCUCACGAUGGAACCAAAAAGAAGAAGACCGUCAAGUCAAGAGCCUUCAAAAAGAACCUCGACGAUAAACUCGACGAAGUGACAACGGUACAGACAGUCGUCGAAGACGACAAGGAACCCUUGACAACAGUGCAAGUGGAGGUUGUGCCUGCGGAGGACUUCACCCCUAUACCGAUUGAGGAAUUGCCGGAGGAGACAACCUUUACCGAAGAGCUUGACAGCAACAAGAAACCAAAGAAGAAGACGACUAAAACGCGUACGUUUAAGAAACAGGGUCCAGAGGAAGAGGAUCUGGAAUAUUUCCAGAUACAAACCAUCGAGGAAGAGGGCAAAGAGCCCUAUUCGUUGAUACGGGUUGUAAGCGAUGAAAAUCUCUCUGAUAUCGCUGACAUCAUCGAUAUUAGUAAAUGCGACGAUGAAAAGGUUUCACCCAACAAACACAAACAAAAGCCACACAAAAAACCCAAGGUGGAGAAACAAGCAAAGCCCGAAAACACAACAACAGAAUACAUAACGACAUUCAAAUCGGUACAAAACGAAGAUGGAGAGACCACAAUUGAAACCGAACAGAAACGAAUCUCACAGGAGGAACAAGGCAUCGUUGUUGAGGAGGUACUCAGUGAUACCGAACCCAUUCCAGAAGACACUACAACACCACAAUCAACACCACACCUAGAAAUUGUUGAAGUCAGCGAGACAACAGACCAACAGAACAACAAAGAGUACACUAUCACAGAACCCGAAGAUGUUGUAAGUGCAGCAGACUCAGGAGACGACAAAAAGAAACCUAAACAGAAAAAGAAACCCGCUACCAAGGCUCCCAUUGAGGAGGAGACAAUUGUAGAAGAGGAACAGGAGGAGGCUCCUAUUGGGGAGACACUGACAGACGAGGGUCCUACAGGGGAGACGACACUGACAGAGGAGGGUCCUGGGGAAAAGACGGGGGCUAAGAAACGCAAACCAAAGAAAUUAGUUGUCAUAGAAGAGGGUAAGGUUGACGAGAGUCCUCCUACUGCUACUGCUGAAAAGAAAGAUAAACCCAAGAAAAAGAAGGUCAUCAAAUCGAAACGCGAUGAUAUGGAUGCAUACAUACAAUUCCUCAUUCAUCAGGAGAUACCUAAGACAGUCCUUCCGGGAUAUCAGCGCACGGAAAUGGAACUUCCGCAACGAGCUCGUCGUGAUUCGUCCUUCAAGCAACCACAACCCAUGAAGUUGACACCCAUGAAAAUCGAGAAAAUCGAAUUUAAACGUCCGAAAAUGGUGGAAAUCAGUUCCGUUGCAGAAUUCCCGCAAAUGCUGAAACUCAAAGCGCCCAAGCAACGCCCCGAGGUGGAGAAAAAGAAGAAACCCGAAGCAUCGUUCAAGAACAAGAAACUCAAGAGUUGGAUACGAUUCAUACCAUUCUCUCCGUACUGCUUCCCGUAUGUUCUGACCGAGCUGGAGACCCAUCGGGAGAGUGGAGAACUUUCUCGUAAUAUUGAAGAGGCCGAAGAGGUUCUGCGGCUGCGCCCCAAGAAGUUUAAACAUCGCAAACCUUCAAAGGCCGAGCUGGAGCAGCCCGAUCUCGAAACCUUCGACUCUGAGGAGAGCCAACACUCGGAUGAGGAACAACCCAAGCCCAAGUACAAGCGUGGAAAGAAGGUAAAGGUGGAAACUCCUGAGGAAAUUCGUAAGCUCAAACUUGGCAAAGGCAAGAUUCCACAGAAUGUCGAAACCAUCGAAGAAGUUCACUUGAAACCAGUGAAAAUCGAGGGCCAAGAAGAGGGAAUUGAAGAGAAACCUCAAAAGGCGGCUGAAGAGGAGGUGCCAAAGAAAAAGAAGUCCAAAAAGUCAGAUAAACCUCAGGACUCACUCCACUUUGAACCCACAGAAAUCACAGAUUUCGAAAGAACUUUGGAACAACCUGAAGAAUCGGAGACAUCAAUUGUUGAGGAAACUGAAACACUGGAUAAACCCAAGCACAAGCGAAAGAAGAAGGUUACACCUACACCCGAAACAAAUCUACACAAAAUCACUCCCGGAAAGCCAAAGGAUGUUGAAGAAACACCCGAGGACGAUCUAAAGCUGCGUUAUCGUCAAGGCGAAAGACCUGAGGAUGUCCAGGAAGAGGUAAAACUGAAGCCUUUCUUCAAAUAUGAUGUAGAGGAACUGGAACCAGAAGUCAUUCCCGAGGAAGCAUUGGAAACCCCGAGAAAACCCAUCAAAGAACCAAAGAAAAAGCGCAAGAUUAAGGUCAAGACUGAUGUAGAAGAAAACACCAUUGAAAUUGUGGAAGUUUCACCGAAAGAUAGUGAUGAGAAGAUCUACGAAAUUACCAUCACAAGUUCGGAAACAGUUCAGGAUGACAGAAAACCCAAGAAAGCACUCAAAAAGAAGGUCAAACGCAUGAACAAAGAAGAACUUGAGGAAUUUGUGGCCGAAAUCAAGAAAGAGCCCGAACAAAAGUUCUAUGAAACCCGCACAGAAGACUUCUUUGAGGUGAAACUCACAGAACUACAGCCUGAUGAGGAGGUUCCAUCCGAAGAGAAGCCCAAAAAGCGUAGAAUUCUCCAUGAAAAGGGUAACGAAACGGAGAUCCUAGAAAUUGUGGAAAGUGUGCCUACUGAAGGCGAAGAACCUCUCUAUGAAAUAACCAUAACCACAAGCGAAACAAAGGAGGAGGAAUGUGUUUCUCCAGCUGCAGAAAAGCCCAAGAGGAAAACCAAGAAAAUGAAAAAGGAUGAACUUGAUGCGUACAUUCAGCAACUGAUCAACGCAGAAAUUCCCCUUACCGAGUUGGAGAAAUACGAGAAAAUCGAUGUGGAUGGCAAACCAAAGAAGGCCAAGAAACAAAAGCCAAAGCCCAAGGAAGAAGUCUAUCCAGAAGGCGAUUCACACCAAAUCGGAGUCACGGAACACGAGCCCAAGGAAAAGCCAAAGGCCAAGAAACCCAAGGCCAAGAAAAUCAUCAAAGAAAAGGAAACUCUUGAAACGGAGGUAAUUCCAGUGUACGAUGAGUUCUUGAUCAAGAAGAUCGAUUCGGAGCGGGCUCCCCAGGAAGAGGUUGAAGAGUCCGAGGAGGAAAUCGUUCCCGAAUUGGAUGAAAUCAUUGCUGAUCUACAGGAAACCCUUCCCAUAGUUGUCCUCGAAGAGGAAGUGGAAACAGUGCCACUGGUAUUGGAGGAAGUUGAACUCAAAGAGGAGAAAAUCACCAAAAAGCGAAAGGUCAAGACCCGGAAGGGUUCCAAGCAGUAUGAGAUUGAAAUCUUUGAAACCGAGGCACCCGAGGACACACCCGAAGAAGCAAAGGUCAUCGUCAUAACCACAGAAACAACAGAAGAUACAACUGAUGCUCCAGCAGAAGAUAAGCCCGAGGCACCCAAGAAAACAGUGAAAAAGGUCAAGAAGGAAAAACUUAAGGAGUACAUCGUCAAGGUUGUAGAAGAGGCACCUCUCGAAUUGAUUGCCGAGAUAUCUGAAGAUUAUACACCACUUCCAGAGAGAGAUCAAUCACCAGUGGAUGAUAUAACCUCCUUUACCACAACAGUUAUUGAAGAGGAGACUCUGCAAGAGGUUCGACCUGAAGAGGAGAAACCCGAAGAAGUUCGCAACCUUCCCAAGGAUAAGAAAAAGAAAUCGGAGAAGCAGAAAAAGGUGAAAAUAACCGAAACGGAACCAGCACUUGCUCCAGAGGAAACAACUAUCACAGAAGAUAUUGUAUCUGUAACUGAAAUAGAUGAGACACCGCAAGCCGAGGAAUAUUCUGUGGAAGUCAAGGACUCUGCACCCAAGAAAACAAAGAAACCAGCCAAGAAACCAAAGGAGGUAGCCCCUGCCGAACCCAUAAGUGAAUAUACAAUUCGCGUGGAAGAAUUGGCACCCGAAACAAUCAUCGAGGAAACAAUCAAUGAAGAGGGUAAGACUGUGGAACGUGUCGUAACCAAACGUAAGCUCAAGAAGAAGGCUGGACCCAAGGAAUAUCUCAUCGAAGUGAUUGAAACCUACGAAGAGAACAAACCCGAAGCUGAAGUCGUAGUCCAAACUACAGAAAUCACAUCAGCCACGGAGGAACAACCACAAGAGGAGCACAAGAUCAAGAUUGUCAAGAAAAAGAAGCCCAAGACCGAAAGUUUGGAUAACUUUAUCCAAGAACUCAUUGAAGAGGAUAUUCCAAAGCCAGAACUGGAAGAAUACCAAGUCACUGUAGAUGAAUCCAAACCAUCGGAGGUGAAGAAACCCAAGAAAAUCAAGAAACAACACAAGAAAACCACUCAAGUGGUGGAUGGUGUGCCGACAACAGUUUACGAGGUUAUCAUCCAAGAGUUUGAAGUAGAUCAGGAGGAUCUUAAGCCAUAUGAAGUGGUAGAGGAGAGUGAUCAUGAAGACAUCGAGGAAGCUCCCAAGGAUCUGGAAAUUAAGCUCGUUGAAGAGAAACCCAAGCCCAAGCCCAAGCCCAAGAAAUCAGCAAAAAUAAAUGUUCUGGAAGAGGAAAAGGUAGAACCCAUCAUUCAAGACAUCUCUGAAGUGGUUGAAGUCCGUGUCACCGAAGAGGAUGGUGUUCCACAGAAGGUUGAGGUUCGAAAGAAGAAGGUCUCUAGGAAACAGGGACCCAAAGAACAGAUCUUUGUGAUCACAGAGACCAUAACGAAUGAUGAACCUUUGUCGGAGAUAUCCAUUGUAGAAAUUACAGAGGAAGAACCCAAGGAGGAUGUUCCAGAGCUCAAGGAAAAGAAACCCAUCAAGAAACCCAAGAAACUGAAACCCGAAGAAGUGAAGGAUUAUGUGAUUAAUGUUCUCGAAGAAUUUGUGGAGCCCUACAAGUUUGAGGAGCCCGUCAUUGAGGACCUUUCGGAAACUGUGGAAAUCACCAAAGUCACCGAAGAGGAUGGCACUGAGAAGAAGGUUGAGGUCAAAAAGAAGAAGGUUUCGCGUAAACAGGGACCUAAGGAGCAGGUCUUCGAGAUCACCGAAACCAUCACGAAUGAUGAACCUCUGGCGGAGGUAACCAUCAUCGAAAUUACCGAAGAAGAAAAACCGAAGGAAGCUGUUCCUGAAAUCAAAGAAACGAAGCCCAUCAAGAAACCCAAGAAACUCAAGCCAGAAGAUGUCAAAAACUACAUAAUCAAUGUGCUGGAAGAGUAUGUAGAGCCUUAUAAGUUUGAAGAGCUGCCAGAAGACGUUGAGAAGGUACAACCAAUCAUUGAAGACAUCUCCGAAUCUGUGAAUGUUGUCAAGGUAACCGAAGAGGAUGGCACACAAAAGAAGGUGGAAACAAAGAAAAAGAAGAUUUCCAGGAAACAGGGACCCAAGGAGCAGAUCUUUGAGAUUACAGAAACUAAAACGAAUGAUGAACCUCUGGCGGAGGUAACCAUAGUGGAAAUUACAAAGGAAGAAAAGCCUGAGGAGCAUGUUCCAGAGAUCAAAGAAAAGCAGCCCAUCAAGAAACCAAAGAAACUGAAACCUGAAGAUGUAAAGAAUUAUGUGAUCAACGUUCUUGAAGAAUUUGUGGAACCCUACAAGUUUGAAGAAUUUGAAAAGGAAGAACCCAUCAUUGAAGAACUUCGCGAAGUUGUGGAAAUUACACAAGUCACGGAAGAGGAUGGCAUUCCAAAGAGGGUGGAAGUGAAGAAAAAGAAGGUUUCCCGUAAACAGGGACCCAAAGAGCAGAUCUUUGAGAUAACCGAAACCAUUACAAAUGACGAACCCCUGGCUGAAGUUUCCAUUGUAGAAAUUACAGAGGUAGAACCCAAGGAGGAUGCUCCAGAGCUCAAGCAAAAGAAACCCAUCAAGAAACCCAAGAAACUGAAGCCCGAAGAAGUCAAGGACUAUGUGAUCAAUGUCCUUGAAGAAUUUGUAGAGCCCUACAAGUUUGAGGAGCCCGUCAUUGAGGACCUUUCGGAAACUGUGGAAAUCACCAAAGUCACCGAAGAAGAUGGCACUGAGAAAAAGGUUGAGGUCAAAAAGAAGAAGGUUUCGCGUAAGCAGGGACCUAAGGAGCAGGUCUUCGAGAUCACCGAAACCAUCACGAAUGAUGAACCUCUGGCUGAAGUUUCCAUUGUCGAGAUAACAGAGGAAGAAAAGCCUGAGGAAAAGGUGCCAGAGAUCAAAGAAAAGAAGCCCCUCAAGAAGCCAAAGAAACUGAAGCCCGAAGAUGUUCAAAACUAUAUCAUCAACGUGCUGGAAGAGUUUGUGGAGCCACAGAAGUUUAAGGAGGAGUUGGAAGAAUCCGAUGUUCCAGAGGAAAUUGUUGAAGUGAAACCGAAAACUCCAAAGCCAAAGAAACAUACUAAGAAACCCGAGGAGAAGCAAACCAUUCGCAUUGAGGAACUUGUCCCUGAAACUGUCAUCGAGGAUAUAAUCAACGAAAAGGGUGAGGAGGUCAAGCAGGUCAAGACCACCAAGAAACUCAAGAAGAAGGAUGGCCCCAAGGAGUACAUCAUUGAGAUCACAGAAACUUAUCAGGAGAACAAUCCCGAGGCCGUCAUUGAAUUCACAACGACUGAAGUGCCCUCGGAGGAAACAACACCAAAGGAUGCCGCAGUGGAGCAACCCGUGAAGAUUGUUCAAAAGAUCAAGAAGAAGAAACCUGUCAAGGACGAUCUGGACAAGUACAUCCAAGAGCUGAUCGAACAGGAGAUCACGAAAACUGAGCUGGAACAGUACGAGCCCACUGAGAUGGAUGACAAGCCCAAGAAGCCCAAAAAGAAGGUUAAGACACAUCACAAGAAAUCUGUCGAUGUUGUGGAUGGUUUACCGGUGACGAUUCAUGAGUUUAAUGUCGAGGAAAUCGAGCCAGAAGUGGAGAAACCCGAGGAGAUAGAACUGCUCCCAGAGGAUGUGCCGGAGCUGCCACAAAAGAUAGAGGACUCUACGCAAUAUUUAGUCAAUGUUUCGGAUGAAUUCUUGGAACCUCUGGAGGAAACUCCCGAAGAAAAACCCAAGCCCACAAAGAAGGAAAAGCCACAGAAAAAGAAAAAGGACAAAAAGGAGGAGCUUCCCGUUGUUCCCUUGGAGGAAAUUGAACAGACCGUUGAAGUUGUCGAGCAACCCGAUGAGGAGGGCACCAUCAAAGAGGUGACCAUCAAAAAGCGCAAGGUCUUGCGCCGCAAGGGUUCCAAGGAGCAGGUCUUUGAGAUCACAGAAACCACCACCGGUGAGGAUCAACCUAUUGCUGAGGUGACGGUCACUGAAGUGACCGCCGAUGAGGUGGAAAUCACCGAAGAAAAACCCAAACCAGUGAAGAAGAAUCUCAAGAAGCCAAAGCAAUUGCAGAAGGAUGAAAUUGAGGAAUAUGUCAUCAAUGUUAUUGAGGAAUUCGUGGAGCAGGCCCCGAUUGAAACUGUAGAAAGUGAGCCAGAAGAAAUUCUGGAGGAAAAGCCCAAGAAAACAAAGAAAGUACCCAAGAAAUAUACAGUCACUGAAACAGAUGAAGAGGCGGACGUGCAGAAACCUGAAGUACCAAAGGAAACUUUCGUGGAAACUAUGGAAAUAGUUAUUGAAAAGCCGGAGGAAACUCCAGCCUAUACAAUCGGUGUUACAGAGGAAACUUCCGUAGAAGAAAAACCCAAGCCAAAGUCCAAAAAACCAUCGAAACCUAAGACUCAAAAGCAACCCUCACAAGAGGAAUCCCCAGAGUAUCUCGUGAAAGCCACUUCCGAGGAGCAUGUGCCCGAAGAAGACUUCCCCGAACACACAACCAUCGUUCUAGACUCGGAAGAGCCAACGCCUUUGGAGGCACCAACCUUCCAGAUCCAGGAACUUCAAACGGAGGCUGUGGAACAGCAAGUCACAGACGACAAAGGAGAAACCACCAAGCAGACUGUCACAAAGCGAAAGAUCAAGAAGCAGGUGGGUCCCAAGGAGGAGAUAAUUGAAAUUGUCGAGACCACGAAGGAGGGAGAAACACCCGAAUACGAGGUCAUAGUGCACACCGAAGAGGUGGAACCUAUAAAGGAAGACAUACCAAAGGAAGAGGCACCCAAGAAGGUUAAGAAAACAAAGAAGGUCCCCAAGGACGACCUUCACGAUUAUAUUCAAAAACUCAUCGAGCAGGACAUACCCAAAACGGAGUUGGAAAAGUACGAAAAGAUCGACUUGGAUGAGCCGGUCAAAAUGAAAAAGAAACCCGUAAAAAAGGUCAAAGUUCGGGAGGAAAUACCCACCGAAAAACCACAAGAAUCCGAAGAAGAAACAUCCGCUCCCGAGGAAGAUCAACCAAAGGCAGAGGAGACCAAGGAAGAACCAAAACUAAAGAUCACUGUGCGCGAGUUUUCACCGGAGAAGCCCGAAGAAAAGACCUUUGAAAUCGUCGUGCUCGAGGAGACAGUAGAGAUUCAGAAGUUGCCGGAUGAGGAGGGUAAAAUCAGGGACAAGGUUGUCAAAACUAAGAAAAUUAAGCAGAAAAAGGGUCUCCAAGAGAUAGUUCACGAUAUUGUCGAGGUCACAGAUGCAGAUACAAAUGAAUCUGAGAUAACAGUCACCACGACAACUCCAUCGGAGGAAACCGUAGAUGUGGAGCCUGUGGUUAAGCAGAAACGUACCAAAAAGAUGAAAAAGGAUGAUGUUGAGGACUUUAUCAAGGCUGUGAUUGAGGAGGAAGCACCGAAACCCAUCGAACCAGAAGCUGUUGUGGCUGUCGCAGAGGAGACUCCCUCGAAACCUACGCCAGAAAAGCCCAAAAAGAAGGCCAAGAAGGAAAAGCCAGCCGCUGUAGAGGAGGACAAACCAGAACAAGAGAAAAUCUCCGUUGUAGAGAGUGUGCCAGAGGAAACGCCUCAACUAGAAGAGGAUGUCUUUACUGUGGAGGUUUCCGUUCCGAUUGUAGAAGAACCUGAACUUGAGAUCCAACAAACGGAGGAAGCUCCAAAGCCUGAAAAGAAAAAGAAGCCAAAGGCAAAGGUAGUCGUUGCUGAGGAAGAACCCAAGGCAGAAACACCUGAAGAGCCUCUAGAAGUUAUAGAAAUCGAAUCUGAGCCUGAGAAACCAGAAGAUCAAACAUUCAGCAUCUCCAUCAAGGAGGAAACCGCAUCCGAGGAAAAACCCACAAAGAAAAAGACAACCAAGAAGCCACACGAAGCCCCCGAGACCACACCACUUGAAUCCUAUGAAAUUUCCAUCAAGGAAAGUUCCCCAGAACCGCUGGAAGAAAAACCAUUCACCAUCGAAGUCAUCGAAAGCGAACCGGAGGUCAGGGAGACCACAGAUGAAGCUGGCGAGACCCACAAGGAGGUCACCACCAAACGCAAGAUCAAGCGACCUGAUGGCGAGGGUGAAAUUGAAAUCAUAGAAGUCCUCAGGGAUGAUCAGCCUGAAGCGGAAAUCACAAUUGUGGAAUACGAGCCCGAAGCACCCGCAAAGCAGGAUGAGAAGCCCAAGGAACCCAAAAAGAAAACCAAGAAGGUGAAGAAGGACGAUAUCCAUGACUACAUACAAAAGCUCAUUGAUAUGGAAACGCCCAAAACCGAGUUGGAGAAGUAUGAGAAAUUCGAUUUUGAACCGACAGUCAAGGAUACACCAACGGAGAAACCCAUUGAAGUGAUGGAAGAAGCUCCCGUGGGCAAGCCAAAGAAGGACAAGAAACCGAAACACAAAGAAGCGCUGAAGGAAGCGUCUCCUGUUCCCGAAGAACUGGCACAGGUGAAGAUCGUCGAGGUUGAAGCUCCUGUAGAGCCUGUCCUGCCCGUUGAGAUUGUUGAGGUCCAGCCGGAGGAGGUUCAAAUCCAGGAGAUUGUCACGGAAGAGGGAAAACCCAUCCAGGAGAAGACCACCAAGCGGGUACUGAAGAAAAAGGGACCCAAGGAAGAUACCACAUACAAGAUAACAACCAUUGAAAGUGAGGAUAAUGACUCCGUGAUGGUUAUUGUCGAUGAGGAGCCACAGCCAGAGGCAGUCGUUGUGCCAGUGGAAGAACAGCCCGAAGAAAACGAAACGAAACCCAAGCCGAAGCCCAAGAAAACAGUCAAGAAGGUAAAGAAGGAGAAUCUAGAUGAUUAUGUUAAGAAAUUAAUAGAAGAGGAAACACCAAAAGAAACUCCUCAAGAGUUAGUAGAAGAGGUUCAGCCAGUAGUGGAAGAAGUUCUUCCGGUAGCAGAGGAAUCUCUUCCAGUAGAGGAAGUUCCCGACUCAACCAAACCCCAAACAAAGAAACCAAAGACCCAAAAGAAACCCAAGACAGAGACAGACGAACCCACAGAGCAGACGACAUACGUGACGACUGUAGAGAUACCCAAAGACGAUGAGGAAGAGAGCACACCAACAACAACAGCAACACCGAUACAUGCACAAGAAUCACAUGAACCCGAGGACACAGCCACUGCACAAAUUACACCGCAAGAUGAGGCUACAACAGCACAGAAAACAAUUAAACAUAAACAGAAAACAAAACCCGAAACACACAAAGAUAUCGUAGAGCCAACAACAAGUGAAGCAACAGAGGUACACAAAGACUAUCAAAUCAACAUUAUUCAUGAGGAGCCCAUCGUCGAAGAGGAGGAGGAGCCCGAGAAGAUCCAUGAGAUACGCGUAAUCGAAGAAGUCUCAGAGAUUGAGGAAUCCCAACCCAUUAUUGAGGAAGUGGAGGAAGAGGAGGAGCAACCCAUCGCCGAAGACCAACCCGAGGAUGUCACCAAACCCAAGACCAAAAAGAAAAAGAUUAUCAAAAAGAAGACCGAUGAUCAUGAUGAGAUUAUCCGCAAAUUGCUGGAGCAAGAGAUCGAGAAAACAGAGCUAGAAAAGUACGAGAAAAUCGAUUUCGACCUGCCCAAGAAACUGAAACCAGAAUUCGCGAACCUCGAACCUAUGAAAAUCGUUCAAAAGGAUCAGAAACCCACGAAAGUGACGAUUGUAGAGGCCGCCGAGGUACCGAAACAGGUGAAGCUAAAGCCUGGCAAACGCAAGGAAAAACCCACCGAAGAGCAGUCCGUACAGUUGCCCAAAUUCCGUCUCAAGACCCGCAUGGUCACGGUAGAAUAUCCACCGGCGCCAUUGAUACCCAAGCUAACCGAAAUUGGAGCCACAAAGGACAAUGGUGAGCUCUCCCGCAACAUCGAAGAGGCUGAGGAGGCGCUCAAGUUCAAGAAACCAAAGACCAAGAAGAUCAAAAAGAUCAAGGACGACCUGGAGAAGGUUGAGCUAGAGAAGUACGAGAAGUAUGUCAGCAGCGAGGAGGAGUCCGAGGAGCCGAAGCCCUACCAGAAGCCAGAAAAGACUCCCAAGCCCGAGGAGAAGCAAGAAGAAGUAAAAAUAAAGCUUGGAAAGGGCAAAAAGAAGCCCAAGGAGGAGGAACAGUCAGAGAAUGUUACCCUCAAGAAGAUUCCACAGAAGACACAGGAAGUCGAAGAGGAAGUGGAACUCCAGCGCAAGCCCAAGGAAGUCGUUGUGGUCGAGGAACAGCCCAAGGAGCCCAAGGAAGGACACUUUGAGGUGCCAGCCUUCCAGCCCGUAGACUUUGAAACUUCGGAAUAUGUGCCCGAGGAACUGGAACCCAUUGAACAUCCCGAAAAGCCCGAGAAACCAAAGAAACCCACAAAGACCAAGUACAAGCCCAAGGAUAAGUCCAAACCAGAGCCGGAAACAAUUAUCUCAGAGAUUGUGCCAGGUGUGCCCAAGGAAGAAGAGGAGGUACCCGAACAGGAGGUCAAGUUCCGCAUUCCCGAAAGUGAAGCUCCAGAGGAGACCGACUCUCAAAUCAAACUGAAGCCAGUGCCAAAGGUGCCAGAGGCUGAGGCACCCGUUGAGGCGGCCAUCGUCCAACAAAAGGAGGAGGAACCCAAAGCAGAAGAGAUUCCAGAGAUUCCCCAAGAGGAAGCCAAGAAAGCAAAGAAGCCCAAGGCCAAAAAGGUACAGCCAAAGGAGGAGGAGGUCACCGAGGAAGUUCCGCAAGAGUUUGAGGUCUCCGUGAAGGAGGAAGAGGCCCCAGAGGAGGUUCCCAUUGAAGAAGAAAAGCCCAAGGAGGUUAAGAUAAAGCAAAAGAAACCCAAGGAGGCGCCUGUAGCCCAAGUGGAGGUCACGGAGGAGGCACCGCAGCCUGAGGAAGUGCCCGAAGAGAUUCCCGUCGAGUACAAAAUCACAACCACAGUCCUGGAACCCGAAGAGGCGCCCAAGGAGCACAAGGUACGUGUCAUCGAUUCCGAUGAACGCCACGAAACCACCGAAGAAGUCAUCGAAGAGAAGGUUGUGACGCGCCGCAAGAAACCAAAGCCACAGCAACCCGAAGAGUACGAGGUCACGCUGCAAGAGCCACAGGUGCAAGAACCAGAGGUUGAAGAGGUCACCGCCGAGGUCACCAUUCCCGUGGAGAAACCUGUCGAGGAAACGGAGGAGUUCCAAGUUGAAUUGAAGCUCACAGAACCCACACCCGAAGAACCUGCGCCCCAAGAGAUCAAGGUCAAGGAGAAGGCCAAGAAAAAACCUGCAAAGGAGGUCAAAGAAGAUAAGAUUGUGGUCGUGGAAGAGGAAAAGAUACAACCUGUCGAAGAGGUGGAAACCGCAGUGGAGGAGAAACCAGAGGAAAAGAAAAAGACAAAGAAACCAAAGUCCUACGAAUUCAGUGUCACAGAAACGGAAGCUCCCGUCGAGGAAAAGCCCGUGGAAGUGAUCGAAGAAACUCCACAAGUAGAGGAGGAGAAGCCCGAAGAAAAGGUUAUCGAGUCCUACGAUUCAUAUGAAAUCAAGGUCAAGGAAACAGAGCCUGAAAAGGUCACACCGGUUGAAGAACAACCCGAGGAGGAGGAAGCACCCGCCGAGGCAGUCUUCAAGCGUAAACCCAAACCCCAACCCGAAGCAGUGGAGGCCGAAUUUGUUGUGACAGAACCCAAGAAAACGGAGGAAAUCCACGUGGAAACUGAAAUCAAACAAAAGAAGACCAAAAAACCAAAGAAAACCGAAGAGGCAGCCGCUGAAUUGGAGAUCAAGGUUGUGGAAACGGAGGCAGCACCCGAACUGCCCGAAGAAGUGCCCGAGGAAAUCCAACCACAACUUGUGGAAAAGGAGGAAAUUGUGGAAGAAAAACCACAAGAGUUCACGGUACGUGUCUCGGAAACGGAAGCUCCAGAGAAACCCGUCGAGGAGCCACAAAGUGAGGCACAGUUCACGGUCAAGAAGCGCAAGCAGUCGGUGACCUUUGCCGAUGAGCCGGCCACAGAGAUAAUCAUCAAGGAGACCCGACCCAUCGAAGAGGUCACAGAGGAGGCCCAAAUCAAGACCAAGAAACCGAAAAAGAAGGUCAAGGAAGUGGCCGCCGAAGAGCUAAAGAUUCAAAUCACAGAGGAAAUUCCCGAGGAGGUUCCCAUCAUCGAAGAGGUCGAGGAAGUGGUCACUGAAAUCAAGGAAGUUGUCGCUCCCAAGGUGGAGGAUAAGACCUACACGAUUGGCGUCACGGAAACGGAAGCUCCCGAGAAACCUGUCGAGGAGAUUCCACAGGAGGAAGAGGUCGUUGUUGAACCAAUUGUCGAAGAACCUGAGCCCCAAGUCUACCCAGAGCAUAAGGUGAAGGUGAUUGAGGAGACGCCAAGGGAAAUUGUGGAAGAAUCCAUUGAGGAAGAGGUUAAGGUGAUUCGCAAGAAGAAACCCAAGCCAGAGGUUAAGGAGGAACCCGAGGCCGCAGUCUCUAUUCCCGCUCCAAAGCCCGUCGAAGAGGUUGAAGCUGUUUCCAGCAUCACCAUCGUGCCCGAACAACCCACCGAAGAAGAGGCCGCCGAACUCAAGAUCACCAUCAUUGAAGAGCAGGCACCCGAGGUGGAGCUUGUCCAAGAGAUUGAGGAAAUCGAAGAGGUUCCCACAGUGGAGGAGCUGCCCGAGGAGCAAGUCACGCUGCAAAAGAAGAAAAAGAAGGUGCCAGUUGUUGCUCCCGAAGUGGUGGAAGAGCCCGAGGCAGAGUUUGUGUUGAAACCCAAGCCGGUCGUGGAAGAGGUCUCCGAGGAGGCCAAAAUCAAGAAGAAGCCCAAGAAGGCAGCACCUGUGGAGGAGGCUGCCGCUGAGCUGCAGGUAACCAUCACAGAAGAGGUGCCCGUCGAGCCAGAGCUGGUUCAGGAGAUCAUUGAGGAAAUCGAAGAAGUGCCCGAAGAAGUACCCCAAGAGAAACCCAAAGAGUACAAGUUCGGCAUUAAGGAGACCGAACCAGAGAUUGAAGAGGUGGCAGAAGUGGCUCUUCCAAAGAAAAAACCCAAGGAAAAACCAGUCGUAGAAGAACCCGAAGCUGAGGUCACACUCAAACCCAAACCAAAGGUCGAAGAGGUGCAGGAAGAGGCAAAGAUUGUCAAGAAAAAGCCCAAGAAGCCCGUGGAAGAAGUCGCCGCCGAAGAACUAACCGUCAAGAUCGAAGAGGAGGUCAUACCCGAACCCAUUGUGGAAGAAGAAAUCGUGGAGGAAGUGCAAAUUAAGAAAAAGAAGGCACCCAAGGUGGAACCCGUACCCGAGGAUAUAGUGGAUGCUGCUGUGAUUAAACUCAAGAAACCCGAACCUGUCGAGGACGAAGAAGUGGUUGCUGAGGUCACACUAAAGCCCAAGGCGCCCAAGGAGAUUCACGAAGAAGAAUUCUCUGUGGAUGUGAAGCUGCCAAGGGAAAAGACCGUCACCGAAGAGACCUCCGAUCAAACAGUGCAACUGAAAAAGAAGAAAAAGCCACAGAAACCCGUAGAAGAAGCCGCCGAUGAGUUGAAGCUGCAGCAAACGGUCGUGGAGGAGAGGCCCGUGGAAAUCGAAGAGGAAGAAAUCGUCGAAGAGGCCAUCGUUAUGCGCCGCAAGCCCAAGAAACCUUUCGAACCAUCGGUGGAGGAGCAUGAGGAAACCGAGUUUAGUCUCUCGUUCAAGAAGCCCCACACCAUCACUGAGGGUGUGGAGGAGACGGGCACAGUCCUGAAGAAGCGCCCCGUGAAGCCACAAACCUUGGACGAGGCUGCCGCCGAGUUGUCCAUCAAACGCCAGGAAGAAGAGUACGAAGAGGGCGAGGACAUUGAGGAGUUUGUUGUCAGUGCCAAGGCCAAGAAGAAGCCUCUGCAAAUCACCGAAGAGGACGAGGAAGCCUACACGGUCAAGAAGCAACUGCGCCGUAAGAAGGUGGACAUUCCAGAGUAUGGAGAAACCGAGAACGUGACCUUCCGUGCGAGAACAACAAAGACCAAGGAGGAUGUCGAUCAGGAGUUCAAUAUUGCUCUCGAUUCCUAUGCCGAGGAGGAGGUCUCAAUGUCGGGCAAGAUUAAGAUCAAGAAACCCAUCAAAAAGACCUACAAUGAGGCUGCCGAUGAGGCCAAGAUCAAGAUCAUGCAGGACUAUGAUGAUGGACAGGAGCAAAUCAUCGAAGAAAUACGCGACGACGAGGAUACCAUCGAUGAGGUGGAAGAACCCGAAGAGUACAUGGUGGAAGAACUCCCACCAGACGAGGUGGACUUCAAGCUGAAGCCCAAGAAGCAGGCAAAGCCCAGCUAUUCCGUGCAAGAUGAGGAGGAGGAACAAUUCCUAAUUGGCAUUCGUCAGCCCAAGCGAGAUUCCAUAACGUACGAUGAGGAUUCGCUCACAUUCAAAAAGAAGCGAAAGGUUAUACAACAACUGUACAAUGAAGAUGGAGCAUCUCUGAAUAUCACCAGGGAAAUGAAUGUUGAAGAAUCGGAAAAUCCCAAUAUCAUGUAUUCGAUAUGCAAUUACAUUGCCGACAACGAUGAGGCCAUCAAUCUGGUGGAAGGUGAAAAGGUCACUGUGGUGGGUCGCCACAGCUCCGAGUGGUGGUACGUGAAGAAGAGCAUCACCGAGGAGGAGGGCUGGGUGCCCGCCCAAUAUCUAAUGGAGCCCGAGGAGUAUGCCCAAUAUGUGCAGAAUAAACUUCACGAGAAGAUUGACAAGCUGCCAGUGUUUGAACGUCCCGGACCCGAAGACAAGCCCAUUGCCCCGCGUUUCAUUGAGAAACUGCAGCCCAUCCACACACCCGAUGGCUACACGGUGCAGUUCGAGUGCAAGGUUGAGGGCAGCCCAAGGCCACAGAUUGCCUGGUUCCGCGAGACGGCCAUCAUUAAGCCCUCUCAGGAUUUCCAAAUCUUCUACGACGAUGAUAAUGUCGCAACUUUGAUCAUUCGCGAAGUGUUCCCCGAGGAUGCUGGCAAAUUUACGUGCGUGGCAAAGAAUGCCGCUGGUUUCACAUCCAGCACCACGGAACUGAUUGUUGAGAGUCCACUGUCGGAUCAUGGCUCGGAUGCCACUGCCUUGUCGCGUCGCAGCAUGUCCCGUGAAUCCUCACUGGCCGACAUUCUAGAGGGUAUACCACCCACCUUCUCGAAGAAACCCAAGGCCCAGUAUGUCGAUGAGAACACGAAUGUGAUUCUCGAGUGUCGUUUGGUGGCGGUACCAGAGCCUGACAUUGUGUGGACCUUUAACGGCGAGGACAUUGACGAGGAGGAGAUCAAAAACAUUCGAAUUGUCACCGAAUCCGAUAUGCACAUGUACUGCAGCGUGGUGCACAUAACCAAGGUGAAGAAAUCACAAGAGGGUGUCUACGAGGUGAUUGCCACGAACCGCGAGGGUGAGGCACGUCUGCCCAUCACACUCAAGGUGCGCACCACUGAGAAGGAGGCGCCACAGAUCCUCGAACCGCUGCGCAACAUGGUCAUACGUGAGGGCGAAAGUGUCGUGCUGUCCACGCACAUUGUGGGCAAUCCACCGCCAAAGGUUACAUGGUAUAAGGACGGAAAACCCGUAAAGAAUGCCAAAUCUGAUAAGGAUUUGCAUACCUUAACGUUGAUAACACCGAAAAAAUCCGAAAAGGGCGAGUACACGGUAAAGGCUGUCAAUCCUUUGGGCAGCGUGGAGACCACAGCAAAUCUAACAAUUGAAGAACCCACGAGUGGAAAUGCAGAGCCGCCGCUAUUCGUGGAACGUUUUGAGGAACAAAAUGUCCCCCAAAAGGGUGAGAUACGUCUACCCGCCAAGGUGUCAGGCAAUCCAGUGCCCGAGGUUCAGUGGCUGUUCAACAAUGCCCCACUGUUCCCUAGCGAACGCAUUCAGCAGAUCUACGAUGGCGAAACUAUCGAACUGAUCAUCAAGGAUGCCAAUCCAGAGACUGAUUCCGGGGACUACAAGUGCAUUGCCAGCAACCCGAUUGGCAAGACAUCGCACGGUGCACGUGUCAUAGUGGAGGUCGAUGAGGUGACAUUUACCAAGAAACUAAAGAAAACUAUCACCAUCGAGGAGGUGCAAUCGCUGACCCUCGAGUGUGAGACGUCGCAUGUUGUCACCACCAAGUGGUUCUUCAACGGCAAGGAGCUCUCCGGCAUGGAUCAUCGUGUGGUUGUCGAGGAUGGAAAGACCCAUAAGCUGGUCAUUCGUAACACCAAUCUACGCGACUCUGGCACGUAUGUGUGCAAGGUUAAGAAGCAAGAGACAACCUCCACUGUGGAGGUACUGCAGCGUAAGCCCGACUUCAUCAAGGUGCUCGAGGAUUACGAGGUAACCGAGAAGGAUACAGCCAUUCUGGAUGUAGAACUGACCACAGAAGCCACCGAAGUCAUUUGGUUCAAGGAUGGAGAGAAGAUCACAAUCGAAAAUAAGAAUGUGGAAUUCAUCAAGGAUGGCAAAUCCCGUCGUCUGGUCAUUCGUGACACCACCAUACACGAUGAGGGCGAAUAUACCUGCAAAAUCGAAGGCCAUGAAUGCUCCUGUGAGCUGACGGUCAUUGAACUACCGCCCGAGAUCAUCCGUCCCUUGGAGGAUGUCUCCGUUACAAAGGGUGAGAAUGCCAUCUUUGAUCUGGAACUGAGCAAGGGCGAUGCCCUAGUUAAGUGGUUCAAGAAUGGCAAGGAAUUGGUGUUCAAUGAACGCAUCCAACUGGCCAUCGAUGGCAAAAAGCAAUCUCUACGCAUAGUGAAGGCAAAGCCAGAGGAUGCUGGGGAAUAUUCCAUUCAAGUGGGUGAACAAACCUCAAAGGCGACGCUGACAGUGGAGGAACCGCUGGUGGACUUUGUCAUCCGCCUGCCCGAUGUCACUUUGGCCACCAAAACCACCGAUGCCGAGUUCACUGUAGAGCUGUCGCAGCCCGAUGUGGAGGUUACAUGGUACAAAAAGGGUAAACCCAUCAAACCCAAUCCGAAACACGAGGUGUUUGUUGAGGGCACUGUCCGUCGGUUGGUCAUCCAUGAUGCCAACGAUGAGGAUGCUGGCGAGAUCAGCUGUGUGGCCGAGAAUGUCACCAGCAGCACAAAGCUGUGCGUUGAAGAGCUCAAGCUGCCGCCCGUCAUUACCUCUGACAAGGAGCAAACGCUGAAGGUAAAGGAGAACGAUGAUGCCACAUUCACUGUCAAGUACACGGGCGGUGCACCGCAACCGGAGGCCAUUUGGACCACUCGCAACGUUGUCAUACCCAAGUCAAAGCGCGUUACACCAACAAUUGAUGAACAGUCCGCCACAUUGACCCUGCGUAAGGUUGUCGACGAUGAUGAGGGCCAAUAUACGGUGAAGCUGGUGAAUCCCGUGGGUGAGGCAGAGGCCAGUUUACAUUUGGUUAUUAUGCGCAAACCCACGGCACCUGGCACACCACAGCCCCUGGAGGUGAUGCAUGACUCCAUUACGCUGUACUGGAAGGCACCCGAGGAUGAUGGAAAGUCCGAAAUCAUUGAAUACAUUCUGGAAUAUCAUGAUGUUAAGGAAGAAAAAUGGACUGAAAUACGUAAAAUCAAGGAUACCACAUAUACAAUUUCGAAGCUGAAGAUUGACACGGAAUAUGUGUUCCGUUCGAUUGCUGUGAAUGAAGUGGGACCAUCGCCGCCAUCGCCACACUCGCCGCCCAUUCGACUGGUGCCAAAGGUCGAAACGGAGGCACCCAGUGUACGCGAAGCACUGCAAGAUCUGACGAGUGAACUCGACAAGGAGAUCACAUUGUCCUGCGUGUUUGGUGGCAUUCCAGAGCCCAAGGUUGUGUGGAAGAGGAACGGAGAGGUGUUCGAGUCGACAAGUUUGCGCUACGAGAAUCGUGUGGCCAAAUACAUUAUCGAAAAGACAACAAUUGAGACUGAAGCCACGUACACGUGUGUGGCUAGCAAUGAGAGGGGCUCCGUGGAGACCUCCUGUAGACUGAAGCUGCAACAGAGGCCCGUCGUUGAGGUGGAGGACAAGUAUCUGCAACAGAAGCUCCGUACGGGCAGCACACUGACCAUUCCAGCAACGGUGCGCGGCUAUCCACGGCCCACGGUCACAUGGCACAAGGACACCAUCGAGCAGAAGACCGUGUCCAUAGAGACCACAGAGACUACAUCCACGUAUUCCGUGAAGAAAUUGACACGCGAACACUCGGGCAAGUACAAGGUGACGGCCACCAACGAAUCGGGCUCCUCGUAUGUCGAGUGCACGGUCCAGGUGAUCGAUAAGCCCAGUCGCCCACAGUCCCUGGAGAUUAAGGAUGUGAAGAAGGACUCCAUCAUCUUGGAGUGGACACCACCGGUGGAUGAUGGCGGUCUGGACAUCAACAAGUACACGCUGGAGAAGUGCGAUGUCCAAAAUAAUGUGUGGAUGAAGGUCUCUGACUUUGACAAGGACAUUCAUUCGUAUGCCAUUCAAAAGUUGUCCAUAAACUCGCAGUACAUGUUCCGUGUGGUGGCCGCCAAUCCCAUUGGUGAGUCGGAACCCACGGAAUCGGAGACGGUGACGAUAACCAAGAAGUUUGAAAAACCUUCACCCCCGCGUGGCCCCACCAACGUCUCUGGCAUGAACGACACUUCCUUUACCCUGGCCUGGGAGCCAUCGGAGAGCGAUGGUGGCUCCAAGAUACUCGAAUAUAUUGUAGAGAUCAGGGAAGAGACUGAAACCAUCUACCGUUCGGUGGGCAUUACCCUGGGCACUGUCACGAAUAUUCAUGUGGAGAAGGUUCUGCGUACAAAGGGCUACUUCUUCAGGAUUUAUGCCCGCAAUGAGGCAGGCACCAGCGAGGCAUACGAGACCACAGAAAAGAUUCUAGUGGGUCGUAAAAUAACUAAUGAAAAUGCACCGCCAUCGCCGCCACAGAAUCUGCGAGCCCCAGAUGUCACGAGCCGCAGUGUGACCCUCGAUUGGGAGGUCCCAGCGCGCAAUGGUGGCUCCGAAAUUACAGGCUAUUGCGUGGAGAAACGUUCAUCGACAUCAACGACCUGGACAAAGGUCAUAACACUAGAUGCACAUCAGCUGCAUUAUACGAUCGAUAAUCUGAAAGAGAAAUGCGAAUACUGGUUCCGUGUCUCGGCGGAGAAUGAGAUGGGUCUGGGUGCGCCAGCCGUCACCGAAAGCAUAUCCCUCAAGACACAUGCCACCGUUCCCUCACCACCCACUGCCCCACUGGAGGCGCGUGUUCUCGCUGCCAAUGCUCACAUAUUCGAAUGGGGUAUACCCGAGUCAGAUGGAGGUGCACCACUGCUCGGCUAUCACAUUGCCAUACGUGACAUGAAGAAGACCAUGUGGAUCGAGGUGGGUCGUGUGCCGGCGGGUGUGCAACGUUUCCAGAUUCGUGAUUUGCAAGAGAAUCACGAGUACAUGAUACGCAUAUUCGCCAAGAAUGAGAUCGGUUUGAGUGAACCACUGGAAUCGGAAGAGCCCUACAAGGUUAUGACAGCAGGUCAUGAAAGCCUACCCGAUGAGCCACGCACAGAGAUGAGCACUUGCAACACCUCGUCGUGGCUGAGGGAUCAUAACAUGGAUGCUGAUAUCCAUUCAUAUGCUCGGGGUAGGCUCCUGCAACGCGAUGAGUACUUCUUCAGGCUGUGGGCGCAAAUACCCAGCAGCAGCAAAAAGAAGAAGAGCCUCAAAUAAGCCUCAGCAAGAGAAAAAAACAAAAAAC